ACCACAACUAUAAUAUUGUCUCCAUUUUCAUUCCAUUUCAUUCCCAUAUACAACCCUUUAAAACAUUUUUCAUUAGUACUAAUCUACAUUGUAUUCUUAAAUGGUAGAUAACACCAAAGUUUCUUGCUUUCAUAGUACAUUUCGUUUGGUUUGAUCAGGGUCUAGUAUUAGUACAUUUUUGUGAACAUGUCAAUGAAUAAUAGCAAGUCUUUCAAGCCGAGUCGGUCUAAUCUAUCAGUUAGCUCUGAUGCAACAGAUGCACAUAACAACAACAAACCACCUCUGCCACCAACUGUCACAUUUGCUAGACGAACGUCUUCAGGGCGAUAUGUAAACUAUUCUAGAGAUGAUUUGGAUAGUGAACUAAGUAGUCAGGAUUUUAUGAACUAUACAGUUCAUUUGCCACCAACUCCUGAUAACCAACCAAUGGAUGCAAUUUCGCAGAAGGUUGAGGAACAGUAUGUGUCUAGUUCGUUGUUUACUGGUGGGUUUAAUGCGGUUACUAGAGCUCAUCUUAUGGAUAAGGUGAUUGAUUCUGAGACUAAUCAUCCUCAGAUGGCUGGUGCCAAAGGGUCUUCUUGUUCGAUUCCUGGAUGUGAUGCUAAAGUGAUGAGUGAUGAACGUGGAGAUGAUAUUCUUCCGUGUGAGUGUGAUUUCAAGAUUUGCAGAGAUUGUUAUCUUGAUGCAAUCAAGACUGGUGAUGGGGUUUGUCCGGGAUGUAAGGAGUCGUAUAAGACGACUGAUGUGGAUGAGUUGGGAGAUAUGGGUGGUGGUAAUGGUGGCAGGCUGCCUCAGCUGCCACCGCCUGGUGGAAUGUCGAAAAUGGAAAGGAGGUUGUCGUUGAUGAAGUCAACGAAAUCUGUGCUUAUGAGAAGUCAGACGGCUGACUUUGAUCAUAACCGGUGGUUGUUUGAAACUAGUGGGACUUAUGGUUAUGGUAAUGCUAUUUGGCCCAAAGAGGGAGUAAUGGAGAAUGGUAAAGAUACCGAUCAUGUUGAAUCUUUGGAGUUGAUGAACAAACCGUGGAGACCUUUAACUCGCAAGUUAAGGAUCCCCGCUGCUAUUUUAAGUCCAUAUAGGCUUCUUAUUGUAGUUCGAUUCGUUGUUCUUGUACUCUUCUUGGCUUGGAGAAUCAACCAUCCAAACAAUGAUGCAAUAUGGCUAUGGGGAAUGUCAAUUGUUUGUGAACUAUGGUUUGCCUUUUCUUGGAUCCUCGAUCAAUUACCUAAAGUUAACCCAGUGAAUCGUGCAACUGAUCUUAAUGUAUUGAAAGAGAAAUUUGAGUUACCAUCAUUAAGCAACCCAACUGGAAAAUCAGAUCUGCCAGGCAUUGAUAUCUUUGUCUCAACUGCAGAUCCAGAAAAAGAACCACCACUUGUUACUGCAAACACCAUUUUAUCGAUUCUAGCUGCUGAUUAUCCUGUUGAGAAGCUUGCAUGUUAUGUUUCUGAUGAUGGUGGUGCACUUUUAACCUUUGAAGCCAUGGCAGAAGCUGCAAGCUUCGCUAACAUGUGGGUUCCAUUUUGUAGAAAACAUAAUAUAGAACCUAGGAACCCGGAAUCUUAUUUUAACUUAAAGAGGGAUCCUUAUAAAAACAAGGUAAAACCAGAUUUUGUCAAGGACCGUAGAAGGGUAAAACGGGAGUUUGAUGAGUUUAAGGUUCGGAUUAAUGGUCUUCCUGACUCUAUACGUCGUCGGUCUGAUGCUUAUCAUGCACGUGAAGAGAUAAAGGCCAUGAAGCAACAGAGACAAAAGAGAGACGACGAAGUGCUUGAGAUUGUCAAGGUUCAAAAAGCUACAUGGAUGGCUGAUGGAACUCAUUGGCCCGGGACUUGGUUAGCUCCUGCACCAGAACACUCUAAGGGUGAUCAUUCGGGAAUCAUUCAGGUGAUGUUAAAACCUCCAAGUGAUGAUCCUCUACAAGGCACAGAAGAAGAUGCUGGUAUGCUGGAUUUUAGCGAAGUUGACAUACGUCUUCCCAUGCUUGUGUAUGUAUCUCGUGAGAAGCGUCCAGGGUAUGAUCACAACAAGAAAGCAGGAGCUAUGAAUGCACUUGUUCGAGCAUCUGCAAUCAUGUCAAAUGGUCCAUUUAUUCUCAAUCUUGACUGUGAUCAUUACAUCUACAACUCUCAAGCCAUGAGAGAAGGCAUGUGUUUCAUGAUGGAUAGAGGUGGAGACCGCCUUUGUUAUGUCCAAUUCCCUCAAAGAUUUGAAGGUAUUGACCCGUCUGAUCGUUAUGCCAACCACAACACGGUCUUCUUUGAUGGAAACAUGAGGGCACUUGAUGGACUCCAAGGGCCUGUCUAUGUAGGAACCGGGUGCCUUUUCAGAAGAAUCGCGCUCUAUGGGUUUGACCCACCUAGGACUAAAGAACACCACCCGAGUUUCUGUAGCUUCUGCUGUUCAGGUCGGAAAAAGGCCAAGUUUAGUACCCCGGAAGAAAACCGAGCAUUAAGAAUGGGUGAUUCUGAUGACGAAGACAUGAAUCUUUCUCUUGCUCCCAAGAAAUUUGGAAACUCGACUCUUCUGAUAGAUUCCAUUCCCGUGGCUGAGUUCCAAGGCCGCCCACUUGCUGACCAUCCAGCAGUCAAGAACGGAAGACCACCAGGAGCUUUGACCAUUCCCAGGGAGCUUCUUGAUGCAUCCACUGUUGCAGAGGCUAUAAGUGUCAUUUCAUGCUGGUAUGAGGAUAAAACUGAGUGGGGACAACGUGUUGGGUGGAUUUACGGGUCAGUGACUGAAGAUGUUGUCACAGGUUACAGAAUGCACAACAGAGGAUGGAAAUCCGUGUAUUGUGUCACCAAAAGAGACGCCUUCCGUGGGACGGCUCCCAUCAAUCUGACAGAUAGACUUCAUCAGGUUCUUCGUUGGGCUACUGGGUCGGUUGAGAUCUUCUUCUCACGUAACAAUGCAUUGUUAGCAAGCUCUAGAAUGAAGAUUCUGCAAAGAGUUGCCUACCUCAACGUCGGGAUUUAUCCUUUCACCUCCAUUUUCCUGAUUGUCUACUGCUUUCUUCCGGCACUUUCCCUCUUUUCGGGCCAGUUCAUCGUGCAAACACUAAAUGUGACUUUUCUAGUCUACCUUCUGAUCAUCACUCUGACUAUCGUCAUGCUAGCUGUUCUUGAAGUAAAAUGGUCUGGGAUUGAGCUAGAAGAGUGGUGGAGAAAUGAACAGUUUUGGUUAAUAGGAGGUACUAGUGCCCAUUUAGCUGCAGUUCUUCAAGGACUACUAAAAGUGGUUGCCGGCAUUGAAAUAUCUUUCACUUUAACAUCAAAGUCAACUGCAGAAGAUGAAGAUGAUGAGUUUGCAGACCUUUAUGUUGUGAAAUGGACAUCCCUCAUGAUCCCACCAUUAACUAUAAUGAUGGUCAACUUGAUUGCUAUAGCCGUGGGGUUCAGUAGGACGAUAUACAGCACGAUACCACAAUGGAGUCGUCUGCUUGGUGGCGUUUUCUUUAGUUUUUGGGUGUUGGCACAUUUAUACCCAUUUGCAAAGGGACUAAUGGGAAGAAGAGGAAGGACACCAACUAUUGUGUUUGUGUGGUCUGGGCUUAUUGCAAUCACCAUUUCUCUUCUGUGGGUCGCGAUCAACCCUCCACAAGGUCAAAACCAGAUUGGUGGCUCGUUUCAGUUUCCGUAAAGAUUUGUUUAUUCUAUUCUUUUUAACAAACAGUCUUAUGGUUGGUGGCCUAUAGAUUGGUAUAACACCAUUUUCCAUAUUCAUAUUCUAUUGUUUUGUAGUUAAUUUACAUCAAAAGAGGCAUUUAGUUUUUUUUUUUUUUU